AGGCAAGUAGGGGUCGCGCCUGGAGCCAAGUCUUGGCCUCCGGAGCCUCAGCUGCAGCCUAGUGUUCAGCUGAGAUGGCUCAAGCCUGACAUUCCAUGAUCCGUGAUCCUGACAGAUGUGCACAGGCUGCUGCUCCUGCUGCUGUGGAUGAUUUAAACCGUCAGUUCAGGGCCAGGAGAGCAGGUGGUCCCUCUGCCUGAAUGUGUGGGAACUCCCUGCCUACUUGAUUGGUGGGUCUGGGGGGGAUCAACCCCCACCCCAAGAGGAGAGCACAGUCCAUUUUGUGGGUGGUGCUUCAGGUCCCAGCCUCUGAAGGAUGGCCACCCCUGUGGUCACCAAGACGGCCUGGAAGUUGCAGGAGAUCGUUGCCCAUGCCAGCAAUGUGUCCUCACUGGUGCUGGGCAAGGCCUCCGGACGGCUGCUGGCCACGGGUGGGGAUGACUGCCGCGUCAACCUGUGGUCCAUCAACAAACCCAACUGCAUCAUGAGCCUGACGGGUCACACAUCACCCGUAGAGAGUGUCCGCCUCAAUACCCCCGAGGAGCUCAUCGUGGCCGGCUCCCAGUCAGGCUCCAUCCGCGUCUGGGACCUGGAAGCUGCCAAAAUUCUUCGCACGCUUAUGGGACACAAAGCCAACAUCUGUAGCCUAGAUUUCCACCCCUAUGGUGAGUUCGUGGCCUCCGGUUCCCAAGACACAAACAUCAAGCUCUGGGACAUAAGGAGGAAAGGCUGUGUCUUCCGGUACAGGGGUCACAGCCAGGCUGUGCGGUGUCUCCGGUUCAGCCCUGAUGGGAAGUGGUUGGCAUCAGCUGCAGAUGACCACACAGUGAAGCUCUGGGAUCUGACUGCUGGCAAGAUGAUGUCUGAAUUCCCUGGUCACACGGGGCCUGUCAACGUGGUGGAGUUUCACCCUAAUGAGUACCUUCUAGCUUCUGGCAGCUCUGACAGGACGAUCCGUUUUUGGGAUCUGGAGAAAUUCCAGGUGGUGAGCUGCAUUGAAGGAGAGCCGGGGCCUGUUAGGAGCGUGCUCUUCAAUCCUGAUGGCUGCUGCUUGUACAGCGGCUGCCAGGACUCACUGCGGGUCUACGGCUGGGAGCCUGAGCGCUGCUUUGAUGUGGUGCUUGUCAACUGGGGCAAGGUGGCUGACCUGGCCAUCUGCAAUGACCAGCUGAUAGGUGUGGCCUUCUCCCAGAGCAACGUCUCCUCUUAUGUGGUGGACCUGACGCGGGUCACUAGGACAGGCACAGUGGCCCAGGACCCUGUGCAGGACAGCCGGCCCAUAACACAGCAGCUGCCUCACCCCAGUGCCCCACUCCGGCGCAUCUAUGAGCGGCCCAGCACAACAUGCAGCAAGCCUCAGAGGGUGAAGCAUAACUCGGAGAGCGAGCGGCGCAGCCCCAGCAGUGAGGAGGAGCGGGAGGAGCGGGAGUCUCGGGCAGAGAUCCAGAAUGCUGAGGACUACAACGAGAUCUUCCAGCCCAAGAACAGCAUCAGCCGGACACCGCCCCGGAGAAGCGAGCCCUUCCCAGCACCCCUGGAGGAUGACACAGCCACAGCCAAGGACGCCUCAAAGCCCAGCCCAGCCAUGGACAUGCAGUUCCCAGUGCCAAAUCUUGAGAUCCCACCCCGGCCCCCGGUCGUCACUUCCACCCCGGCACCCAAGAGUGAACCCGCCAUCAUUCCUGCCACGAGGAACGAACCCAUCGGGCUGAAGGCCUCCGAAUUCUUGCCUUGUCUGACCACCGGUUCCACGCAGGCCGUGAAGAUCUCCCAGCAGGCAGAGCUAGUGGAUGAGGAUGCCAUGUCACAGAUUCGCAAAGGCCAUGACACCAUGUGCGUGGUGCUCACCAGCCGCCACAAGAAUCUGGACACUGUGCGGGCAGUGUGGACCACAAGUGACAUCAAGACGUCAGUGGACUCUGCUGUGGCCAUCAAUGAUCUGUCGGUGGUUGUGGACCUCCUGAACAUUGUCAACCAGAAAGCUUCACUGUGGAAACUGGACCUGUGUACCACGGUGCUGCCACAGAUCGAGAAACUUCUGCAGAGCAAGUAUGAGAGCUAUGUCCAGACGGGCUGCACCUCCCUGAAGCUGAUCCUGCAGCGGUUUCUGCCCCUCAUCACUGACAUCCUGGCAGCCCCGCCCUCGGUGGGCGUGGACAUCAGCCGGGAGGAGAGGCUACACAAGUGUCGGCUGUGUUACAAGCAGCUCAAGAGCAUCAGUGGCCUCGUCAAGAGCAAAUCGGGCCUGAGUGGCCGCCACGGCAGUGCCUUCCGAGAGCUGCACCUGCUCAUGGCCAGUUUGGACUGAGGAGUCCUGUGGGAGGGGCACCCAGCAGCCUUCAAUGCCCUGCCUCCAUCCCUACUCCUAUUCCCCGUGUGCCCACUGGCCUAUGAGCCAUCUGCGGCCAUCCUGGAGGUGGCAGCACGGGCCCACUGGCCACCUCCAUAGCCCUGAACUGAGACAACUUCCUCUCUGGCAGUGGCUGCCCGGCUUUGCCCAUCUCUUGCUUUUUGGAGCAGCAAACUGAGCUCUGGGGCUGCUGCUGUAAUUUAU